UGGGGUACUCAAACUUAAGACUUCUAGUGUAGGAAUAAAUUAUUACUCAACUGAAGGUCAUUACUUAAUACCUUAUACUGAGGAGAAAUUUAAAAUGACUAAUAGCUUGAUUAAGGCCCCGAGUCUUAGUUUGAAAGAUCAAAAUAUUACUCUGAUGCCAAUGUUUUCCGACAGAUGGUAAAGAACCCUUAUCUACACCUCUCUACACCUCUCUCUCUGUUCGCAUUACUUAUCUCUCUCUCUCUCUCUGCAUCUCUUUUCUGAGGCUGCUAGCUUUGCUUCUUGCUGAUCUUGCGGUGGUUGUCUUAUCAAUUCUCUGGCUUUGUAACAUUAAGCUAAAGCUGCUGCCUUGCUUCGUUUUCAUUUUCAUAAUUGCUUUGUUCAGUGUUUACAGCAGAAGCAGCAGAUUUCCAAUGGCGUUGAGCACCCAAAGAGCCUCUGCUUUUUAUCCUUCAGCAGAUCGGUCGGCUCCUCCUCAAUGGAACUACGAUGUGUUUUUGAGUUUCAGGGGGUUAGACACUCGAAAUAGCUUUUUAUCCCAUUUAUACCACGAAUUGCAGCACAGGGGCAUUAAAACAUUCAAGGAUGAUCCGAAGCUUGAAAGAGGGAUAACUAUUUCUUCUGAGCUCUUCAAAGCAAUCCAAGAAUCAAGGCUUGCAAUCGUUGUUAUCUCGCCAAACUAUGCUUCUUCUUCCUGGUGCUUGGAUGAACUUACAAAGAUUCUCCAAUGCAUGAAAUCCAACGGCACAGUUCUGCCUGUGUUUUUUAAUGUGGAUCCCUCCGAUGUGCGAAAACAAAGUGGCAGUUUUGCCGACGCCUUCGCUGAGCAUGAGAAAAGGUUUAGGGAAGACAUAGAAAAGGUGACGCGCUGGAAGGCUGCUUUAACAGAAGUUGCCAAUUUAUCUGGGUUGGAUUCGAAGAAUGAGUGUGAAAGAAAGCUCAUUGAAAAGAUUGUUGAAUGGGUGUGGGGGAAAGUGCAUCACACAUUGAGAUUGUUAGAUUCCACAGAGUUAGUGGGAAUUAAAUUUACACGUGAGCAAAUGGAUUUGCUUGUAGCUCCUACGGAUGAUGUUCGUUUUAUAGGGAUAUGGGGGAUGGGCGGCAUCGGUAAGACAACCAUUGCUAAGCUAGUUCAUGAUAGCAUUUCUAUUCAUUUUGAAGUUAGUUGCUUUCUUGCUAAUGUUAGAGAGGCUUCUGAAGGUAAUCGUCUUGUUGAUCUACAAAGACAGCUGCUUUUCCCUAUCUUGAAGGAACAAAUUACUCAAGUUUUGAAUGAAGACUGGGGGACCCAUUUCAUUAAGAAUUGCUUAUGUAAUAAAAAGGUCCUUCUCAUUCUUGAUGAUGUGAAUGCAUCAAGCCAAUUAGAGAAAUUUGCUAAGGAAAAGGAUUGGUUUGGUAAGGGGAGUAUAAUCAUCAUUACAACUAGAGAUGAACGGUUGGUUAAAAAGCAUGAUAUGAAGAUAUCAUAUAAGGUAAAGGGAUUAGGUGAUGAUGAGGCGCUCGAGCUCUUUAGUCUGAACGCCUUUAAAAAAUUUGAGCCUGAGGAAGGUUUUUUGGAAUUGUGCAAGUGCUUUGUAAAUUAUGCUGGAGGCCUUCCAUUAGCUCUUAAAAUUUUGGGAUGCUCUGUGUAUAAGAGAGAUCGAGAUGAAUGGAAAAUUGAAUUGGAUAAGCUACGGAAAAUUCCUGAGAUAGAAAUUUUCGAUUUGCUCAAAAUUAGUUUUGAUAGACUAGAUGAGAUGAACAAGAAUAUAUUUCUCGAUGUUGCAUUUUUCCUUAAGGGGAAGGACAAGAAGAAAGUAAUUGAAAUACUAGACAGUUGUGACCGUUGUGGUGGGAUAAAUGCUCUCGUUGAGAAGUCGCUCUUAACUAUUGAUAUUUCAAACAACGUUAACAUUGUUGGGAUGCAUGAUUUGAUACAAGAAAUGGCAUUUGAAAUUGUUCGUCAAGAGUCUCCUGAAGAGCCUAGUGGACGUAGUCGAUUGUGUCAUCGUAAUGACAUCAUUCAUGUAUUGAUAAACAAUACGGCAACUAACAAAAUUCAAGGCAUUGCCUUAAGAAUGGCAGAACUUGAAAAGGCGGAUUGGAAUUGUGAAGCAUUUUCUAAGAUGAUUAACCUAAAAUUUCUUGAAGUUGAUAAUGUGAUCAUUUCCUCAAUUCCCAGAAUUCUUCCUAAUUGCUUAAGAAUUCUGAAAUGGAAUUGGUAUUCUUCCAAAUAUCUCCCAUCAAAUUUUCAACCGAAUAAACUUGUUACACUUGAGAUGCAGGAUAGCAAACUAGUUCGGCUCUGGGAUGAAAGAAUUGACUUGCCCAAUUUGAAAACCAUGAACCUUUGUGGCUCUCGAAACUUGGCAAGAACCCCAAUUUUCACUGGCAUUCCAAAACUCCAGGAGUUGAAUCUUGAACGGUGUGAGAAUCUAGUUGAGAUUCACCCCUCCGUUGCAAAUCUCAAAUGGCUUACAAUUUUAACACUAGACGGAUGCAAAAGUGUUAAGAGUCUUCCAAGUGAGGUAGAAAUGGAUUCUCUUAUAUGUUUAAAUCUUCAGUAUUGCUCAAAACUGAAAAAGAUUCCAGAAUUUUCAGGGCAAAUGGAAAAUUUGUCAUAUCUUCUUUUAGAAGGGACGUCCAUUGAGAAAUUACCUUCAUCAAUUGGACGUCUUGUGGGCCUUACUUAUCUGAAUGUAAGUAAUUGUGAAAAUCUCUUGGGUCUUCCGAGCGAAAUUUGUAAUUUGAAGUCUCUUGAAUUUCUCUCUGCAAGUGGAAACUCAUUUAGUGACAAAUCAAGGUUUUGGCGAGGCCUCCAAAGAAAGGCUUUUGUGUUGGGUUCGGUACAUGGUUUAUGGUCUUUGAAUUAUUUGAAUAUGAGUGAUUGUGGUCUUUGUGAAGGGGAUAUUCCCGUAGACAUUGACUGCUUGUCCUCUUUACGAACUUUAUACCUUAAUGGUAACAAUUUUCUUAGUCUUCCUGCAAGCAUUGGAUGUCUUCCUAAGCUUGAGUCAUUUUCGGUGAGUGGGUGCCAAAGGCUUCAACAAUUGCCCCAUUUCCGCUUUGGAUUGGUUGAUAACGAAGGCUUCAGCGAUAUAUACAUGUACACAAACGAUUGCACUUCCUUAAAAACGUUGCCAAAGUUGAGAAUAAAAAAAGGAAGAAGUCGUGUUUUGUUCAGUUGUUUGAAUUGCUCUGGAUUGGUUGAGAAUGAUGGCUGCGAUGAUAGUAUAAUACUUGGAAUGCUCUGGACUGCUCUGGAUUGGGGAUUCCUUCAGGUACCAUUACUCACUCCGCCUAUUUCAGAUCAACCCGAUUUCGAAAUUGUAACACCUGGAAGUAGAAUUCCAGAGUGGUUCAAUAAUCAAAGUGUAGGAGAUUCCUUAAUUGUGGAGCUACCUCCAUGUACCACGUCGAUUUCGAUUGUUUUUUGUGCUGUCUUUGAAGAACACCCAAAUCCACCUAAUGACCUUUGUACCCAAUUUAAUAUUGACUGUCGCCCAGGAGAAGGUGCGCUCGUGCGUAGUAAUGCCAUUACAAGCCAUCUUGUGUCACCUCACCUUUGGGUAUCUUGUGUAUAUCAUUAUGUAGUCGACAAAGAAUGCAGUCAGAUGAAGAUUUCAUUCCAUACUUCUUAUGCCGUUUACCCAGACAGAAUAUAUUGGUCGGGUAUAAAGAAGUGUGGGUUCCGUUUGGUGCACAAACAAGACGUGGAAGAACUCAACCAAAUCAUGAUGAUGAACCACUCCAUCAACAUCAGCACAAAAGCUACUUCUCCUCACAAUUCAGCUGACGCAAGUGGAAGCUCUCACCAAAAAUCUCUCUGCCGCAAAAGCUAUGCUCUUUCCAAAUGGUUUUUAACAAAACUUGUAAAGAUUUUCUCCCUCUUUUUAACAACUGCAGUUUUUAUCAAAUCUUUCAACAAUAGUGAACAAUGGGGAUGCAUAGGACUUUUAAUUUGGAGGGUAAACACUUUGAUUUCCUACUUAGGCCUUGCACCCUCUUAUUUUUCGCUAUUGUUGAAAAGUUUAAUAAAAACUGUUAUUCUUAAAAGAGCAACUAAAUUUUUGCGACCUUUGUUAAAAACGCCACCUCCUCAAAUGUCUGCACAUAAAUACUUGCAAGGCUAAUGACAUCUUCAAACAAUUGAUAUUAGUAAGUUCCCAUCACUAUCUUUUCUAGCCAUAUAUUUACCAUUCAUCACCUAUUGUUUCGUGGAUGACAAUUCCUCUCUCUCUCUCUCUCUCUCUCUCUCAUCACGUGCUUUUGUCAUGAAUACAUUUCUGCUUAAACUACUGCAGAGCAUUAAUCAACUCAUGUAGUAUAUACAUGAAUAUAUGUAUGCAAGAGCUCCAUAUUUUAUGCAUUUGAAGAAAGUAUUUGUUAACGUACUACAAAUCAAUAAAUAUGUUCAGAUAGACUGAAUUGUUUUUUUUAUUAGGCCUAGCUGAUCAAAAGUAGUCAACUCAAAUUUGGGGUCUUGAUAUAGGAUUUGGAGCUAAUCAAACGUAGUUGCUUGCUUAUUGGCCAGGUUCGGAUGAAAUUUCCACCUUGACACAACUUACGUGACUAUAGCAAUUGCUCUAUUCUAUUGUGUGCAGGAUGGAAUAAGCCAACAAGAAUUUUCAAUCAUAAGCUUAGCAUUGAGAAUUGAUCGUAUCUGCAACCAAUCAAUUGCUUUGUCGGGAUUCCUACUUUGUCUGCUUCACUUCAUCUCCUUGAUAGUUUGUGCAAUCUCCUUCAAUUAUGCAGUCUUCUCUUACAUUAGCAUAUCUGAGUUUUAAAUUACCUUAUGUACCAUAAUGGAAUUCUAAGAGGUUCAUUAAACUGUCGUAUUAGUGAGCGUCAUCUCAGAUGACAAUUUUUCACCGUGGUCAAUAUGUUGAGUAGAAUUGGGCAAUGCUAGUUGUAUCUUGAAAUAAACAAACUAUAAUA